AUGGGCGACUCGCCUGUGCGGGGUUUCCAAGAAGGCCGCCUGGAGGAUCUUGAGGGGCAUGAAAUCAAGAAGGCACAUGAGUUGGCCAACACUCUCACCAUCAAUCGAUUGGCGUCUAAAUGCAGAGGCAACCCGGCCGCCGACUUGGCGCACAUCUUGAAGCAGCAGGCGGGUGCGUAUCCCCAGCUUCGGGGCAGCCUCGAGCGGGUUGCACGGACAAAAGCCGCGACAAGGACAAGGGACCAGGGGAGCGUGCCGACCGAAAUCCAAACAAGCCGCCUGGAUGCAGAUGCACAGCCACAACCUGAAAUAGACGACCUUCUCAUAGAUGAGUCUAUCCAGGUUGCGCAUUCGCUCAGUACGAGUAUUAUGGAACUUGCCGGCCUGACGAAUGUGCCACCUGCGGCGGCCUCGCAGAAUGUAGCCAAGCUAGCCUUAGGGGUUAACGAGGCCAUCGCGAAGGGCAAGAUUUUGUGGAAAUUGCACGGAACCGUGGUUUUAGGCCUCAGUGCCUCUGUCGUGGUCAAGAUUGGAACUUCGCUCGAUCUCGACGAAGUUACGAACCUGAGCUAUAUCAACACCUUCAUGCCCGCCAUUCCAGCACCACUAUGCUUGGGCUGCUUGACCUCAACAGCCAAGAAGAGGACGUAUUUCUUCAUGUCCCGAUCGGACGGCGUCACUCUCGAAACGAUAUGGGCGGAUCUGUCUGUGGAAAACAAGUUGUCUAUUAAAAAGCAGCUCAAUACUAUAUUCCAUUCACUGCGUAACCCAUCUAGACCGCACCAUCUUGAACAAGAUGAAGAUGGGAUGCCCAAGUUCGGCAGUUUUGCCUCAGCCAUCUGCAAAGACAUGAGAAGGCAGCAGCGCAUAAGCACAACGACGAUUCGGAGCGAGGCCCAGUUCAACGACUUCCUCUGUCACCAGAUGGGCAGGACUGUCACCCCAUGGGUCAGGAUGAUUAGGUCUGCGAUGCAAGACGAACAUCAGUUAGUCAUGACGCAUGCGGACUUGCAUCCUAGGAAUAUCUUGGUGAAAUUGGAGGAUACAGAUGAGGAUAAGGAAGGGAAUGGUGCCGGUUGGGAAAAGGAGAGGGAGAGGAGGGUCAGAAUAAGCGCCAUUCUGGACUGGGAGUUAAGUGGCUGGUAUCCAGAGUACUGGGAAUUCGUUAAAGCGCUCUCGACCAUCAGUAUUCGAGGUAAGACGGCGGACUGGCUCGAAUAUCUUCCAACAGAGGCCAUCGGAACCUGGCCGGUGGAGCUGUCCAUUGACUCCCUCCUUGACCGUUGGCUGGGAUGA